UGACCCAUGAAGUGCAUAUUUUACUAAACUCUGUGUGUGCUGGAUGUGUCUCCUGCAUCAGCUAAUCCUGGUGGGGAGGGGGUGAGGUUUGCCCCCUUGGCAGCAGGAUGCUGCCCUGCUCCUUGGUGCAUCUGCAGUGCAUCUGCAGACUUACUCCUUCGUUGUCCCAGGGCAGGUGCACGUGGGAGGGCUGGGUGUCCCCUGGGGAGGCUGCCACAACAACGUGCUUAGAAAAAGAGGCGUCUCGUGCAGUCUGGCACUGGAGGGUGUGUGGUGUGCACCAAAGGGACAGAAGCAGCGAGGCUCCUGGAGCUCCCAUGUUUUUGGAGGUGUCUGCAAGCAGGAAGCAAAAGGAGAGGUGGGAAGGGGGAUGAGCUGCUGCCACUGCUUCUGGCCUGGUCCUGGUUCUGUGGCAUGGGGACAAGGGAAGGCGGUGUGUCCCUCCAGUGCUGCUAACCAAGGCUGCAGAAGUUCCACAUCUCUUCAAGCUCACUGCUGCCAAGAUAUUCACUGAGGUGGGGAACGAGGCUUCGAAGGAAGAAAAGGUGAAGUUUUGGUGCUGAAUGGACCCUGGAUGCUGGUGCUCACAGAUCACACGUGCACAGUGCGCUUGGAUCUGCGCCCAUGGAAAGGACUGACCCAGCUUCAGUCACUGCAUGAAAGUUAACCCCUUCCUUUUUGUCUUGGGGACGCAAACAUUCUGCCAGCUGGCUGUCAGAGUGGCCCUGUGUGCAAAACAAGAAGGCAGACACCAGUGACGGGCACAAUUCACGGUCAUCAAACUGAGCAGCUUUCUUCUCUGGGAUUCCUGAGAAGCAAAUGCAGCUCCCUGCUGCCUGAGAACAGGUAACUGGAUGGAGGGGAGGGAGGGCCUGUGGGGAAGAAGGAGAUGCGUGGGAGGGAGCAGUGUCCCUCCUCCCCUUUCAUCCCUGGGUACAAAGCUGCUGUGGCUGCCUACUCUGACGCACACUGUGCUGCGUGGGGCACUGAGGGAGCCCAGGGGCCGUGAGUGUGCUGCAGCGAGGGGACACACACACACUGUGUGCCAUCACCUGUCCUGGGCGCUGUGGGGACCCCUCUGCAGCCACGUGGCUCUGGUGUUUGCUGAGGGUCCCGUGAGGAGAUGCCCCCUGCCAGCCCCUGCUAGCUUGCUGGAGGCCUCGAGGGACAUCAGGCUCGUAAGUGGGCGGUGUUGGCAUCUUGGUGGUGGCUCUGCCACUGCGGGGAGGUGGUUGGGUUUGUGGGCAGCUCUGCGUGCGUGGUCCCUGACCAGCACAAUGCGUGUGCAUCAUGGUGACGUGGGCAGGGCUGUGCAAGGCAUUGCCCCUGACCAUGCAGUUCAUCACCAGUGGGAUUUGCCGUGGGAGAGCACUGGUGAGCUGUCCCCAGGAGCCUGCUUUGCCCAUGUGCCCGUGGCUGCAGGGAUGUGGAGGGGCUCGCUGGGUGGACUGCCAGCAUCUCGCAGUACCUGAGCAGAAGAAUGGCUGCUCAAAUGCAAGGGUCUCGUAUGUGCUAAUCUCGUGCUGCUGUGUGAACAGCAUCUUUCCCCUCAGUGGCCAUGCUUUCCCAUCCCUCCUGGGGGCUGUUUUCUCACCCUUGGGCUGUAGGAGAGCUGCAGCUUGUCACUAGGGCACAGUGCUGCAGAUGCUGUUGCCCUGGCAAUGGCUGAGGAGCCCAGGUGGUGUGGAGAACAUCUUUCAGGGGCAGAUGCAGGGCCUUUUGGGGAGAGUGCAAUGCCUCAUAGGGCUCUGCAGUGAGAGUUACAUGGAAAACACGGGGUGGGCAUAUCUCUUAGGCUUUGCCCCUCUUUCCUCUGGUGCUGUACCAUAACUCAGUGCUCACACCACACACUGCCUCCUGCUCCCUGCCUUCCUGCUCUCUGCCCUUCCUAGGUCCCUGGGGCAGCUCGCUGAGAGGAUGAUGGCCAGGAGUAACGGCCUGCAGCUGCCUGGCCCCUGCCCACCCCUACCAACCAGAGCCAGGACUGAUGCGCAGAGCACGGAGCUCAGCACGAGCAGGACCCACUCGACCCAGGAUGAGACCUUGGAGCUGCACAGAGGGACUCCUGCAUAUGGGGGGGAACAGCUGGCUGCCCCCCCUUUCCAAGGCAGACAAGCCCUGGCCAGGAUUGUCAGGCUUGUGAUGGUGCUGCGGGACUGGGCCAGCAAGAGCUUGCAGGAGGAGCAGCAGAGGCCAGACCCCUUCCUUGAGCGCUUCCAGGGCCCUGAGCUGCAGACAGUGCCUGCUGAUGCCAUCAGUGGUCCAGAGGAUGAGGAGGCCGAGGAGAAAACCAAAAAGAAGAAAUGGCAGUCCUUUGUGGUGGACCCUGCAAGGGAUUGGUAUUACCGCUGGCUGGCCGUCAUUGCCGUUCCUGUCCUCUACAACUGGUGCUUGCUUGUGGCCAGGGCUUGCUUCAGUGACCUGCAAAAGACUUAUGUUGUCCUCUGGCUGGUGCUAGAUUACAUCUCAGACUGCAUCUACAUUGGGGACAUAGUGAUCAGCCUGCGCACAGGUUUCUUGGAACAGGGCCUCCUGGUUAAGGACCUGAAGAAGUUACGGGAUAACUACAUCUACACCUUACAGUUCAAGCUGGAUGUUCUCUCCAUCCUGCCCACAGACCUGGCGUACUUUGCUGUGGGAUUGCACCACCCUGAGCUGCGAUUCAACAGGCUGCUGCACUUCUCCCGCAUGUUUGAGUUCUUUGACAGGACAGAGACCAGAACCAGCUACCCCAACAUCUUCCGCAUCAGCAACUUGGUUCUUUAUAUCCUGGUGAUCAUCCACUGGAAUGCAUGCAUUUACUAUGCCAUCUCCAAGGCCAUAGGCUUUGGAGAAGAUAGCUGGGUCUAUCCCAAUGUCACAGACCCUGAAUAUGGGUAUCUCACCCGGGAGUAUGUCUACUGUCUCUACUGGUCUACAUUGACUUUGACUACCAUCGGAGAGACCCCUCCUCCUGUGCGCGAUGAAGAAUACCUCUUUGUGAUCUUUGAUUUCCUCAUCGGUGUCCUCAUCUUUGCCACCAUUGUGGGGAACGUAGGGUCCAUGAUAUCCAACAUGAAUGCCACCAGAGCAGAGUUCCAGGCAAAAAUUGAUGCCAUUAAACACUACAUGCAGUUCCGCAAGGUGAGCAAAGACAUGGAGACCAAAGUCAUCAAGUGGUUUGAUUACCUGUGGACCAACAAGAAGGCAGUAGAUGAGCGGGAAGUUCUCAAGAGUCUCCCUGAUAAGCUAAGGGCAGAGAUUGCCAUCAACGUUCACCUGGAGACGCUGAAGAAGGUGAGGAUUUUCCAGGACUGUGAGGCAGGUCUACUGGUGGAGCUGGUGCUGAAGCUUCGCCCUCAGGUGUUCAGCCCAGGGGAUUACAUUUGCCGGAAAGGAGAUAUUGGAAAAGAGAUGUACAUCAUCAAGGAGGGGAAGCUGGCUGUGGUGGCAGAUGAUGGAACAACACAAUAUGCUUUGCUAACGGCAGGGGGCUGCUUUGGUGAGAUCAGCAUCCUGAACAUCAAAGGGAGCAAAAUGGGCAACAGGCGCACGGCCAACAUCCGUAGCUUGGGCUACUCUGAUCUUUUCUGCCUGUCAAAGGAAGAUCUGAUGGAAGUGGUCACAGAGUAUCCUGAUGCCAAAAAGGUCUUGGAGGAGCGUGGCCGGGAGAUCCUCAUCAAGGAAGGCCUACUGGAUGAGUCAGCUGAAGAAGAAAGCAUGGAAGGGAAGAGUGUGGAAGAAAAGCUGGACAGACUGACCUUGAACCUGGACACACUUCACACUCGCCUUGGCCGGCUCCUGACAGAGUACAGUGAUGCCCAGAUGAAGCUCAAGCAGCGCAUCACUGUCCUGGAAUCCCAGAUGAGGCAGCAGGAUCUGGAGGACUUCUUCUCAGAUAGCUCAGACAGUCUGUCAGAGGUUGGGGGUGAAGCUACACCUGCUGGGUUGUAAUGGGAGGGUGCAGAUCUCAGCUAGAUGAUGUCUUGCCUUGUGCUGAGCCAGUUUCUAUUUCCUGUGGCAACACCUUUGACUGCCUUGACAGGACUUCUCUCAGGUUCUUAGCAUUGCCAUUGAGUGGCAGCUCCUGAGAUGGCUCAAAAUCAGGCAACUGUCGUAGAUCCUCCUCCUCAAUCCUGUCUCAUUUCUUCUGAAACCUCCAACUUGGGUCAGUAAAAGGAGGAGGAUGGCUAAUGCCACUACUGACAUUUCCUUCCAGCUUCAGGAAAAGGUCUCUGUUGAUCACACUUCUUCUCGUUGCCUUAAGUAGAAUGUGACAUGUGAACCCUGAUGGAGCAGUACCUAGACUCAGGUGAGAGAGUCCAACUUGUGCCUCUCAUGUCUGCAGACAAGGAAGCUUGUCUGGGUCACUGUCACCACAUAGGUCAUCUCUACCUCUUACUCCAAGGCUGGGCAUCCAGCUGGAAAAGCAGGCAGCUGCCCACCACUCUGUUCUUUCUACUGUAUUCAGUGCUCAGCCAUCAAAUUGCCCCAGCACAGACACUUGGGUACCCCAAGUAUCUCUCUUACCAGGAAACAGCACUCCCUUCUGCUCUCCUGCUGCAGAGGUGGAGGGAUUUCCAUUUUGACUAUAGAGGACUCGGAUGAUGAGUGCAAUGUGGACGUGAAGACUGCUCCUUGUUGAAUGACAGUGCCUGUUGCACUGUGAGAGGAACAAAGAUAGCAGCUGCCUCUCAUCUAUCUAACGAUGGCUGGAUGUGCCAGGAAGGGUAUGACCGAAAUGACAUAUUUUUAAGGAACAAAGCGGUGAUAGGACCCAACUGAGCCCAUAUUUGCUUUACAGUGGGUAGCUCAGAAAGAGCGUAGAAGACAUUUAUUUUCUUAGGCAGGAGGUUUUCUUGUAGUCGGUGGGAGUUUUGGGCCAGUUGCUGUCUGCAGGAGAAAUGAAUGGCAGUCAUGGGGACAAGUGUGCAAGGACAAAAACCUGACACCAUCACGGCCACCGGCAAAGCCCUGUGGGUCCGUGGUGCAAGCAGGUGAGAGUGGCCAUGCAAUCCCUUCAAGCUCAGCACCAUCACUAGAGGCUUUCAAAGAGGAGGAAGCUUGUUAGAGAAGGGGAUUCUUGGGAAAUUCAAGUGCUGGGUCAAAUUCAACUCAUAGUUUGGCUAAAACAGUGGGAUGACAGAUGAGGGCAUGUCAAGGCAGAAAGGUUCACGGUGCAAAAUGGAGAGCAUUUGCUUUGUCCUUUCUUUUCCCUCCCAGAUGAGCCCGACUUCCUUUAUUUUGGAUGAUUUUCUGUUUGAGAUGAAAUGGCCCUGCUUUGUGGGACUUCUGGUGGAGGGAAGAUUAAAUUACCAAAAUUAGAACACGAAGCAAGAUAACGUUGUUUUGCUUGCCUCAGUGAAAUUUGGGGCGCUUCCUGUCAGACCUAAGCUGAGUGUGGUCGGAGAUGACCCGUCUUCUGCACUGAUUCCCCCUUUCGCUACCGAACCGAACCCUCGGAUCGCAGCUUCACCCUCCGCCCGGACUGAGCGCCGCGGGCCACCCCGGGCGCGGGGAGACGGGAGGGAGGCUGCGGCUGCGGCUGCUGCGGUGGGGCCGGGAGAGGGAGCUGUGAGCCGCGGAACCGCCGCACGGCACCGCACCGGCGGGCAGAGCAGCGCCGGCUUCGCUUUUCCCUGCGCUGGAGCGGGGUUUGCAGGGCGAUGCGGGCAGCCCGGCGCGGUGCCUGCGCUCCUGCCCGUCCCCGGAGCAGAGCAGCUCCCGCCUCCGGCUGGGGGAGAUGCUCCCAGUUUAGGGGAUAUCCUCGCUUCUUGCUGGAGAAAAAGAAAGAAAAAAACCUU